GAAACAUGUAAGCUAUUUUAGGUUAUGUUUUGAUUGUGAAGUAGACAAAAGCCGCUGUACUGUUAACAAAUUUAGAUAUUGUAAAUACUGUUUUUACUAAACUAAAAACUGUUUUCCAAUACACAUACAUCAAUUCAGUUGGUAAUUCAACAUGGAUGAUGGCCUCAAGUUCUUCAAAAAAUAUUUCAAGUAUCUGAAGACCCAUUCAACAAAAUGUGAUCAACUUAUAGAUGAAGCUGUUGGUCCACUGACAAAUUUAUCGAACAGAGUUCAUGUUCUAAAGCAUAUCUCAAGAUCUAAUCCAGGAAACGAAAUCCACUCUCUAUUUCCAGAUUUGAGGGUAAAGUUGGAAGGAGAAAUUUACUCAAACCUUGAUGAAAAUUUGAAGGUCAUAUGGGAUAUAGAGUAUGACAUUGACAACAGUACGAAGGAGUUGAAAAUGCAUCUACAUGAGGUGGAGGUAUUACCGAGGCCUACUUCGUUCAAUUUUUAUAGGCUUAAUGGAUUGACCGUUUUACAUCCUUCAUUCGACGAUCUUCAAGCAAUGGCCUCCGACGCGUGGCGCUACUAUCAUGAUCUAUGGAUGAAUAUACAUGCAGCAUUACUGAUAUUCAAUCAUAAGGAUAAAAGUAGCUUGAAGACUCUCAAAAAUGCAUUUGAGGAGGACAAAGAUGCCAAAAAGGAUUUGAAAUAUAUUUUGGCUAGGACAACAUUUUUGAUUGAAGAGUAAAAGAUGUCCUCAAAUACCAAACAGGCCUUCGAUGCUGUAACCAACGUGCUAUUGUGAUAGUUAUUUACUUCUUAGUGAUCUAUCAUUUUUUAUGAUUAAUUUACUUUGAUAUUUUGACUAGGACAACAUUUUUGAUUGAAGAGUAAAAGAUGUCCUCAAAUACCAAACAGGCCUUCGAUGCUGUAACCAACGUGCUAUUGUGAUAGUUACUUCUUAGUGAUCUAUCAUUUUUUAUGAUUAAUUUACUUUGAAAUGUUUUGUGAAUCAAUCAAGUAUUGUAAUGAUUCUAGUAUGCCAUUCAAUAAUGGUUCGUUCCGCUUGUAUUCUCAAUUGUAGAUCAUUAGUUAUGUACUUGUCUUUAUUUUCACAAGAAAAAUACUGAUCAGUUUUUUCUUCUAUUAUUAUUUCAAUUAUUUCUUUGUUUCAAACUUAUUUCUAUCUCAACUACAUCAGUCUCUGAUUGAGUAAUCAUCAAAAGAGAAUAUUUUACAAAAUGAAACAACAAUUAUAUAUGUUAUUUCAAUAAUUACGGAAGCAUCUCAUUUCAAAGAACAUGAUAGUGUUAGGCCCGCCGCAAAGUAGACCCACGAUAAUCCACGAAAAGCAUCCCACGCCGUGGGAUGUUUUGUAAACCAUUGCUAUAGAAUUAUUCAUAAUCAAUCAGCUGACAAGUGAUUGUAUGACAUUGUAUGUAUUAUUAUCAUUACACAGAUGUCUAUAGCAAUAGUUUACAAAAAUCCCACGGUGUGGGUUGCUUUUUGUGGAUUGCUAGCGUGGGUCUACUUUGCUCUACUUUGCGGCGGGCCUUACUGUCACUAAACUAAACAAAUCCAUGUUUUUAUUACCAUACUAGGUUACAGUAUCUGUAGUUGAAACUAAUGUCUUGAAACUAAUUCUUAUUUUCAAUGUGAAUGAAUUUUGAAAAAUGUGCAAUAAGUAAAAUUAUAUACUUAACUAUAAUAAUUUGGUUAUUAGGUAAGAAAUUACAAUGUUCUAAUGUAAAUUACAUGUAAGAUAUUUUAAUAUGCAUUUUGUUUGUUUAAUUCAUUCUAUUGAAAGCAAACGAACACAAUAACAGACGGACGUAUGCAGACAGAUGGAGGAAAUAUCCCUUCUCAGGUGUUCUAAUGUUGCAACGCACACACCGUCUGUCUGCAUAUUAAUAUGUUUGCUCACGUCUGCAUGCAGGCGUUUUAUUUUUUCUCCGUUUGUCUCUCUUUCCAUACAGGACGGCAGAAUGCAUUUACAUACAGAUAAGAGUUUAGCAAGCUAAGCUUACCUUGUGUGUGACUCUCAAUUCCUAAACUGAGAGAGGCAUUCGGGCAUUCGACACUGUCGUGCGUCCCAGCAUUGCCAUGCAGGAGGCACUGUCGUGGGUCCCAAGCAUAGCCACUCUCAACACUGGAUGAAUACCCAUCAAACUGCCUAGUGUUCCCCAACAAGAGUAGAAAUCUCAUAGAGAGAAAUUUGCUUCUGUCUGUACAUGGAAUUCAUCUGUCUGUUGUUGCUAUGUGCGUCCGCCGUAAAUAUUAAGGAAGAUUUAGUAGUAAAACGGUAAAAAUUAUUUCAUUUGAAAAACACCAAAUUCAAAGACUGAGUUACAUGAGACAUCACGAGUUUAAAAUAAAAUUACAUCUUAAUAAUA